UCUGAGCCUGCGGAGGCUGCGUGUCCAGCCGCAGGCAGGAGACUCAGCAGGUCCCUGUGUCCCCAAGGCCCUGAGCUCGUGACACCGGCCGGCCUGGCAGGGAGCAGGUGGCCACCAUGGCGAAGGAAGAAGAGGAUGAGAAGAAAGCCAAGAAAGGGAAGAAGGGGAAGAAGGCGCCGGAGCCGGAAAAGCCCAAGCGGAGCCUGAAGGGGACUUCGCGGCUGUUCAUGGGCUUCCGAGACCGCACGCCCAAGAUCUCCAAGAAGGGGCAGUUCCGGAGCGCGUCGGCAUUCUUCUGGGGUCUCCACACCGGACCCCAGAAGACCAAACGCAAGAAGAAGGCGCGCACGGUGCUCAAGUCCACGUCGAAGCUCAUGACGCAGAUGCGCGUGGGCAAGAAGAAGCGCGCCAUGAAGGGCAAGAAGCCGUCCUUCAUGGUGAUCCGCUUCCCUGGCCGGCGCGGCUACGGCCGCCUGCGCCCACGUGCCCAAUCGCUCAGCAAGGCGUCCACGGCCAUCAACUGGCUCACCAAGAAAUUCCUCAUCAAGAAGGCCGAGGAGUCGGGCAGCGCGCAGGCCACACUGGACGCCUGGAUGGACCGCUCCGGCUCCCGCGUGGGCUCGCGCAAGCUGCCCUUCCCGUCGGGCGCCGAGAUCCUGCAGCCCGGGGGUCGCCUGCGCAGGUUCCCGCGCGCCCACAGCAUCUACGAGUCGGGCGAGCCCGUGGGCUUCCUGCCCUUCGAGGACGAGGCCCCGUUCCGGCACUCGGGCUCCCGCAGGUCGCUGUACGGGCUGGAGGGCUUCCAGGACCUGGGCGAGUACUAUGACUACCACCGCGAGGGUGAUGACUACUACGACCGGCAGUCGCUGUACCAGUAUGAGGAGGAGCCCUACCGGGGCGCCUACGGCCUCCACGGCCCAGCCUGGCCGCCCUAUGACAACCCUCACGGGUACCCGCCCGAGGACCCCUACGACUACUACGGCCCAGACUACUACGGGGGCUCCUUCUACUCCAACUACGGCUACCGCUAUGGCUACGACGACUACGAGCCCCCCUACGCGGCCCCGUCGGGGUUCGCGUCUCCCUACGGCUACUACGACGCAUACGCGGGCGAGGCGCAACUGCACGGCUACUACCAGGACUCCUACGCCCCUUCCGACGCGGUUUACCCGCCCUACCCGCCCUACCCGCCCUACGACCUACCCUACCUGGAUCCCUACGCGCCGCCCUACAGCGCCCCCUACGGUGCCUCCCAUGGAGUCCCCUACGCUGAAGGCAUCUAUGGUGGCGGGGACCAGGCCAUCUACCCGCCCGAGGGGCCCUAUCUUCCGCCGGAGCAGUCGGCCUUCGCGUACCCGUGGGUGCCGCCGCCCAUCCUGUCACCUCACAACCCGUAUGCCCACCCCAUGGAUGACAUCGCGGAGCUGGAGGAGCCCGAGGAGGCGGGCAGCGAGCGGCAGGGCACGUCCUUCCGCCUGCCCAGCGCCGCCUUCUUCGAGCAGCAGGGCAUGGACAAGCCCGCCAGGUCCAAGUUGUCCCUCAUCCGCCGGUUCCGCCUCUUCCCGCGGCCCCAAGUGAAGCUGUUUGGGAAGGAGAAGUUGGACGUGCCCCUGCCGCCCUCCCUGGACAUCCCUCUGCCCUUGGGAGACGCGGACGAAGACGAAGAAGAGGAUGAGAUGCCGCCGCUGCCCCCGGUGCCCUACGGCCACCCCUUCUGGGGCUUCCUCACGCCGCGGCAGCGCCGCAUCCAGCGCGCCCUCUCGGCCUUCGGCGCCCCCCGGGGCCUGGGCUUCAGCUCUGACUUCGGACGCCCAGCGCCGCGCCCGGCCACCUCGCUGGCGCGGUUCCUCAAAAAGACCUUGUCGGAAAAGGAGCCCAUCCCGCGGCUGAAGAGCAGCCAGAAGGCCCGGGCGCGAGGCCCGGCGGUCAGGGAGGCGGCCUACAAGCGCUUCGGCUACAAGCUGGCCGGCAUGGACCCCGAGCGGCCCAACACGCCCAUCGUGCUGCGGAGGGCGCAGGCGCGCGCGCGCAACAACAACAACUCCCGCCGUCCGCCGUCCCCGCCGCGCGCCCCCAGCCCCGCCCCCAGCCUGCCGCCCGCCCCGGCCCUCGCCCCCGCCGGCCUGCCCCCGGGCCUUCCCCCGCCGGCUUCGCCCUACGGCUCGCUCCGCCGGCACCCGCCGCCCUGGGCCGCCCCGGCUCACGUGCCCCUCGCGUCCCAGGCCAGCUGGUGGGCCUUGGCCGAGCCCCCGCCCUUGAGCCCCGAGGGGCCCCCUGACCCUCUGGCCUUCCCCGGACCCCGUCUCUCCUUCAGGGGCUCCCGCCGGCGGGACGCGGCCUUCGGCUUCCCCGGGCCCUCGCCCCGGCCCUCGCUGAGGAGCCCGCCCCGCCUGGGGUACCGCUCACCCCUGGGGCCCCGCUCGCCCCUGGGGCCCUUGUCCCCCCAGCCCUCCGUCCGCCGCAGCCCCUUCCGGCCGCCCUUCUCGCCGCCGCCCCGCCGUCCCCGCUCGCUGCGGGAGCCCCCGUCUCCGCGCCGAGCCUCGGGGCGCCCGGGCGCACCCCGGUCGCCGGUGCUGGGCUCCCCGCGGCCGCCCUCGCCGCCCCCUCUGCUGGGCCCCAGCCCACGGAACCGCUCACUCAACCUGCCCUCGCGCCUCCCGCGCACGUGGCGCAGCCUCAGCGAGCCUCCCAUCAGGGCCGUGAAGCCCCGGCCGCGCCAGUCCUACCGCCUGCCGCCCGGCCCUCGCUCUUGGCGGGCGGCUGCCGCUGCCGCUGCCGCUGCUCCUGCGCCUGAGCACCAAGAGAGCCAGCGCGAGCCCGAGGACUCGGAGACGCUCUGGACAGUGCCCCCGCUGGCCCCCAGCUGGGACGUGGACAUGCCUGACACCCAGCGGCCACCAUCGCCCUGGCCGGGAGGCCCAGGCAGCCUCCGUGGCUUCUCCAGGCAAGCCGCUGUACCCCCAAACCCCUUCCUCCAGCACGUAGGCCCAGGGCUAUCCCCUGCUGCCCAUCCUGAAGAUCCAGCCUCUGACUCAACUGGUGUCCUCCUGGGUAGACAUCACGACCCAGGGCCUGGACAGCUGACCAAAUCGGCCAGCCCGAGCCUCAAGAAGCCUGAAGAAGAGGCCUGUCCGGCGGGCCCCCAGCCACCAGCAGAGCCUGAACCCCCGACCCUGACACCCCCCAAGGAUUCCCCCUCAGAGCGGAAAGCACUGAGGCCUAGCUUCUCCUACCCGCUGGCCGCCUCUGACCAGAUGAGGGCCACAUGGCCACCAUGGCGCCGCUGGGGGACACUGCCCAGGGCCCCAGCCCCCUUGGCGCCCUCUGGGGCCCCAGGACCCCUGCCCAAGGCGGGUGAAUGGCUCCAGGCAAGCCCUGGGCGUUUUGCUGUGGUCAUGCCUCGUGUGCAGAAGCUGAGCUCUUUCCAGCGAGCUUGUCCUGCUACCCUGCAGCCUCCCAUCCAGGAGCCAGAGCCCCAGCCCAGGCUGAGAACCUGGAGUCUGCUCUGGUCCCGCCUGUGGCUGCCGGCGGAGGCCCAUCAACCCUGCACACGAGUACACGCUCGCCCCCCGUCCUGCCGCCUGGGCCCUGGAGCUGCCGGCCUGCCCCAUGGGGGCCCCGGGGAAAAGGUCGGCCCCAAAGGCUGGUCGAACAAGAUGCACUCCAUCCGCAACCUGCCGUCCACACGGUUCCGCGAGCAGUGCCGGGAGGACGGCGUGGAGGACAUGACGCAGCUGGAAGACCUCCAGGAGACCACUGUGCUGGCCAACCUCAAGACCAGAUUUGAACGGAACCUCAUCUACACGUACAUCGGCAGCAUCCUGGUGUCGGUGAACCCGUACCGGAUGUUUGGGAUCUACGGGCUGGAGCAGGUGCAGCAGUACAGAGGGCGGGCCCUGGCCGAGAAUUCCCCGCACCUCUUUGCAAUUGCAAAUCUCGCCUUCGCCAAAAUGCUCGAUGCCAAACAGAACCAGUGCAUAAUCAUCAGCGGAGAGAGCGGCUCUGGAAAAACUGAGGCCACGAAGCUGAUUCUGCGCUACCUGGCGGCCAUGAACCAGAAACGGGGCGUCACACGGCAGAUAAAGAUCCUGGAGGCCACACCCCUCCUGGAGUCCUUCGGUAACGCCAAAACUGUCAGGAAUGACAACUCCAGCCGCUUUGGGAAGUUUGUGGAGAUCUUUCUGGAAGGGAGCGUGAUUUCUGGUGCCAUAACCUCGCAGUACCUGCUCGAGAAAUCCAGGAUCGUGUUUCAGGCCAAAAACGAGAGGAACUACCACAUCUUCUAUGAGCUGCUGGCUGGGCUGCCCGCCCAGCUCCGGCAGGCCUUCAGCCUGCAGGAGGCCGAGACCUACUACUACCUGAACCAGGGUGGGAACUGUGAGAUCUCAGGGAAGAGCGACGCGGACGACUUCCGCCGGCUGCUGGCCGCCAUGGAGGUGCUGGGCUUCAGCGCCGAGGACCAGGACAGCAUCUUUCGCAUUCUGGCCUCCAUCCUGCACCUGGGCAACGUCUACUUUGAGAAGUAUGAGACAGACGCGCAGGAGGUUGCCUCGGUGGUGAGUGCCCGGGAGAUCCAGGCCGUGGCCGAGCUGCUGCAGGUCUCCCCCGAGGGCCUGCAGAAGGCCAUCACCUUCAAAGUGACCGAGACAAUGCGAGAGAAGAUCUUCACCCCCCUGACCGUGGAGAGUGCCGUGGAUGCCAGGGAUGCCAUCGCCAAGGUCCUGUACGCGCUGCUUUUUGGCUGGCUCAUCGCCAGGGUCAACGCGCUGGUAUCCCCGCAGCAGGACGCGCUGUCCAUCGCCAUCCUGGACAUCUAUGGCUUCGAGGACCUGAGCUUCAACAGCUUCGAGCAGCUGUGCAUCAACUAUGCAAACGAGAGCCUCCAGUACCUCUUCAACAAGAUUGUCUUCCAGGAGGAGCAGGAGGAGUACAUCCGCGAGCAGAUGGACUGGCAGGAGAUCACCUUCGCCGACAAUCAGCCCUGCAUCAGCCUCAUCUCGCUGAAGCCCUACGGCAUCCUGCGUAUCCUCGACGACCAGUGCUGCUUCCCCCAGGCCACAGACCACACGUUUCUGCAGAAGUGCCAUUACCACCACGGCGCCAACCCACUCUACUCCAAACCCAAGAUGCCACUGCCCGAGUUCACCAUCAAGCACUACGCGGGCAAAGUCACCUACCAGGUGCACAAGUUCCUGGACAAGAACCAUGACCAGGUGCGCCAGGAUGUGCUGGACCUGUUUGUGCGGAGCCGGACACGGGUGGUGGCACACCUCUUCUCCAGCCAUGCCCCACAGGCUGCCCCUCAGCGCCUGGGAAAGAGCAGCUCCGUCACCCGACUCUACAAGGCGCACACGGUGGCCGCUAAGUUCCAGCAGUCGCUCCUGGAUCUGGUGGAAAAGAUGGAGAGGUGUAACCCCUUGUUCGUCAGGUGCCUGAAGCCCAACCACAAGAAGGAGCCAGGCCUCUUUGAGCCAGAUGUGGUGAUGGCCCAGCUACGGUAUUCGGGGGUGCUGGAGACUGUGCGGAUCCGCAAGGAGGGCUUUCCGGUGCGGCUGCCCUUCCAGGCAUUCAUCGACAGGUACCGCUGUCUAGUGUCCCUCCAGCACAACCUGCCAGCCAGUGGGGACAUGUGUGUGUCCAUGCUGAGCCGCCUGUGCACGGUCACGCCAAACAUGUACCGCGUCGGCGUCAGCAAGCUGUUCCUGAAGGAGCACCUGCACCAGCUGCUGGAGGGCAUGCGGGAGCACGUCCUGAACCGGGCAGCCGUCACGCUGCAGCGCUGCCUCCGCGGCUUCUUCAUUCAGCGGCGUUUCCGCUCCCUGCGCCGCAAGAUCAUCUUGCUGCAGAGCCGGGCCCGUGGCUACCUGGCCAGGCAGCGGCAUCAGCAGAUGAGAAGGCGUCUGGUGAAGUUCCGGGCCCUGGUGCACAUGUGCACAAGCCACCAGCGUCACCUCAAGCUGCGCCUUUACUGGAGGUUCUGUGGGCGCCAGGGAGGGGCCCUGCUCUGGGUGGUGGAGGAGCUGAGCAAGCGACAGGUGGUGGCUGUGGGGCACCUGGAGGUCCCGGGGGAGCUGGCUGGGCUCUUGCGAGCAGUGUCAGGCCUCAGGACGGGCCAGAUGCCCCGGGUGGCUCCCGUGCGGACUCCCCGGCUUCAGGCUGAGCCCCGGGUCACGCUGCCCCUGGAUAUCAACAACUACCCCAUGGCCAAGUUUGUCCGGUGCCACUUCAAGGAACCUGCCUUCGGGAUGCUGGCAGCGCCCCUGAGGACGCCCCUCACACGGCUGCCGGCGGAGCAUCAUGCAGAGGCCGUGGGCAUCUUCAAGCUGAUCCUGCGUUUCAUGGGCGACCCCCAGCUGCACGGAGCCCGGGACCACGUCUUCGGGAACUACAUCGUGCAGAAAGGGCUGGCGGUGCCCGAGCUGCGGGAUGAGAUCCUAGCGCAGCUGGCCAACCAGGUGUGGCGGAACCCCAGUGCCCACAACGCUGAGCGGGGCUGGCUCCUGCUGGCCGCCUGCCUCAGCGGCUUUGCGCCUUCCCCGCGCCUCGACAAGUACCUGCUCAAGUUUGUGUCUGACUAUGGGCGGAAUGGCUUCCAGGCUGUGUGUCAACAUCGCCUCAUGCAGGCCAUGGGCCAGGCUCAACAGCAGGGCUCUGGCGCUGCCCGCACCUUCCCUCUGACCCAGCUCGAGUGGAAAGCAACCCAGGAGAAGGCCGGAAUGGCGCUGGACGUGGGCUGCUUCAACGGUGACCAGUUCUCCUGCCCGGUGCACUCCUGGAGUACGGGGGAAGAGGUGGCUGGAGACAUUCUGAGGCACAGGGGGCUGACCGACGGCUGGCGGGGCUGGACGGUGGCUAGGAAGAAGGGGGUCCAGUGGGCAGAGCUGGCCGGCCACGACUACGUGUUGGACCUGGUGUCGGACCUCGAGCUACUCAGGGAGUUCCCGCGACAGAAAGCCUACUUCAUCGUGGGUGCAGAGGGGCCCACGGCUGGCAGGGGAGGUCCCAGGGUGUUUGGCAACAGCUGGGACUCGGACGAGGACGCGCCCGCUAGGCCCCAGCCCCUGGGGCACAUGCCCGUCGUGGCCAACUCCGAUGGGUACUGCAGCCACAAUGAGGACGGUACAAAUGGGGAGAUUGAGGCCCAGAGAGGGACAGCGACCCACCAAGACUCGGACAGCCUUGGGGAGCCCGCUGUGGCCCACAAAGGACUGGACUGCUACCUGGAUAGCCUCUUCGACCCCGUGCUGUCCUACGGGGAUGCGGACCUGGAGAAGCCAACAGCCAUUGCCUACCGCAUGAAAGGGGGAGGCCAGCCUGGUGGAGAUGGCAGUAGCGGCAGCAAAGGCGGCCCCCGGAGACCUCCAGAGCCAAGGCCAAAGCUAAUUCCAGGCCUGGACGCCUCCACGUUGGCCCUGCAGCAAGCCUUCAUCCGCAAGCAGGCAGUGCUGCUGGCCCGGGAGAUGACCCUGCAGGCCAUGGCGCUCCAGCAGCAGCCCCUGAGUCCCAGCCCAAGGCCAUCGCCCCCAGAGAAACCCAUAGCGCCAGAGGCCCUGCCGAAGUUCGUAGGCACCGGACUCCCGGCCAAGCCUGUGCUCUUGCGCUGCGCUCCAAAGCCUGUGGCUCCAGCUCCUCUGGUCAAGGCCCCGAGGCCCCCCACCAAGCCCGUGGCCGUCCCCAUUCUAGCUCAGGACCGGGCACCUCCAGAAUCCACUUCGCCCAGCCUAGAGCUGGUCCGGUCCUCGACCCUCAACUCGGAGCACUUCCCGCAGCCCACGCAGCAGAUCAAGGACAUCGUCAGGCAACACCAGCAGCCGCCCCGGGGAGGCCGGCCCGAAGCCUUCAGGAAGGACGGCGGGAGGGUGUUCGUGAAGCGGCCGGACCCCCACGAGGAGGCCCUGAUGAUCCUGAGGGGGCAGAUGAGCCAUGCAGCGGCAGCACCUGGCACCCAGGUCCCCAGAGAGGCCGUAGCCCUGGUGAAGCCAGUGACCAGCACACCAAGGCCAUCCGUGGGGCCCACUCCAGUGCUGGCCUCACGGUCUCUGGAGCCGGCCGAGGACCCCGUGCAGACGCGGCUGCACCGCCUCCUCAGCCCCGAUUUCUACGGCUACCAGGAUGCCCCCUGGCAGAUCUUCCUGCGCAAAGAGGUGUUCUACCCCAAGGACAGCUACAGCCACCCUGUGCAGCUGGACCUGCUGUUCCGCCAGAUCCUGCACGACACGUUCUCCGAGGCCUGCCUGCGCAUCUCUGCGGACGAGAGGCUCCGGAUGAAAGCCCUAUUUGCCCAGAACCAGCUGGACACGCAAAGGCCCUUGGUGACGGAGAGUGUGAAGCGGGCCGUGGUCAGCAUUGCACGCGACAGCUGGGAGGUCUAUUUCUCCCGCCUCUUCCCUGCCACGGGCAGCGUGGGCACCGGCGUGCAGAUCCUAGCUGUGUCCCACACGGGCAUCAAACUCCUGCACAUGGUCAAGGGCAGCCACGAGGCCGGUGGGCCGCUUCGGGUCCUGCGCACAUACAGCUUUGCAGAUAUCCUGUUUGUGACCAUCCCCUCCCAGAACAUGCUGGAGUUCAACUUGGCCAGCGAGAAGGUCAUUCUCUUCUCAGCCCGAGCUCACCAGGUCAAGACCCUGGUGGACGACUUCAUCCUGGAGCUGAAGAAGGACUCAGACUACGUGGUCGCUGUGAGGAACUUCCUGCCUGAGGACCCAGCGCUGCUGGCCUUCCACAAGGGUGACAUCAUCCACCUGCAGCCCCUGGAGCCACCUCGAAUGGGCUACAGUGCUGGCUGUGUGGUCGGCAAGAAGGUCGUGUACCUGGAGGAGCUGCGGCGUCGAGGUCCUGACUUCGGUUGGCGAUUUGGGACCAUCCAUGGGCGUGUGGGCCGCUUCCCUUCCGAGCUGGUGCAGCCUGCAGCUGCCCCCGACUUUCUGCAGCUGCCUGCAGAGCCGGGCCGGGGCCGCGCUGCCGCCGUGGCCGCUGCCGUGGCCUCCACUGCCGCGGCCCGGGAGGUGGGCCGCAGGAGGGAGGGUCCCCCAGUCAGGGCUGGCUCCGCGGACCGCAGGGAGGACGGCCUGGCUCUCCCACCGUACACAAUGCUCGAGUUUGCCCAGAAGUAUUUCCGAGACCCUCAGAGGAGACCCCAGGACGGCCUCAGGCCGAAAUCCAAGGAGGGUCGGGAGUCCAGAACCUUGGAGGACAUGCUUUGCUUCACCAAGACCCCGCUCCAGGACUCCCUCAUUGAGCUCAGCGACAGCAGCCUCAACAAGAUGGCCACAGACAUGUUUCUAGCUGUGAUGCGGUUCAUGGGGGACGCCUCGCUGAAGGGUCAGAGUGAACUGGACGUGCUUUGCACCCUCCUGAAGCUGUGCAGGGACCAUGAGGUCAUGCGGGACGAGUGUUACUGCCAAGUUGUGAAGCAGAUCACAGACAACACCAGCACCAAGCAGGACAGCUGCCAGCGAGGCUGGAGGCUGCUGUACAUCGUGGCUGCCUACCGCAGCUGCUCCGAAGUCCUCCAGCCACACCUCGUUCGCUUCCUCCAAGACGUGGGCCGGACCCCAGGCCUGCCCUUCCAGGGGAUCGCCAAGGCCUGUGAGCAGAACCUGCAGAGGACGCUGCGCUUCGGUGGCCGUCUGGAGCUCCCCAGCAGCAUGGAGCUUCGGGCUAUGUUGGCCGGCCGCAGUUCCAAGAGGCAGCUCUUUCUUCUCCCCGGAGGCCUUGAGCGCCAUCUCAAGAUCAAAACGUGCACCGUGGCCCUGGACGUGGUGGAGGAGAUCUGUGCUGAGAUGGCUCUGACCCGCCCCGAGGCCUUUGAUGAGUACGUCAUCUUUGUUGUCACCAACCGAGGCCAGCAUGUGUGCCCGCUCAGCCGCCGCGCCUACAUCCUGGACGUGGCCUCGGAGAUGGAGCAGGUGGAUGGUGGCUACACGCUGUGGUUCCGGCGCGUGCUCUGGGAUCAGCCGCUGAAGUUCGAGAAUGAGCUUUAUGUGACCAUGCACUACAACCAGGUGCUGCCCGACUACCUGAAGGGCCUGUUCAGCAGCAUGCCGGUCGGCCAGCCCGGCGAGCAGCAGCUGCAGCAGGUGUCCAAGCUGGCCGCGCUGCAGCACCGAGCCAAGGACCACUUCUACCUGCCCAGCACGCGCGAGGCCCAGGAGUACAUCCCGGCCCAGCUCUACCGCACUGUGGCCGCCGCGGCGUGGCUCAGCCUGCUCGGCCAGCACCAGCAGCAGAUGCAGGCGCUCAGCCCCCACCAGGCUCGCGCCCAGUUUCUGGGCCUCCUCAGCGCCUCGCCCAUGUUCGGCUCCUCCUUCUUCUUCGUCCAGAGCUGCAGCAACGGCGCGGUGCCCGCCCCCUGCAUCCUUGCGGUCAACCAGAAUGGCCUUAACUUCCUCAGCACCGAGACCCACGAGCUGAUGGUGAAGUUCUCCCUGAAGGAGAUCCAGUCGACGAGGACCCAGCGGCCCACGGCCAGCUCCAGCUACCCGUACGUGGAGAUCGCACUGGGGGAUGUGGCAACCCAGCGCACCAUGCAGCUGCAGCUGGAGCAGGGCCUGGAGCUGUGUCGCGUGGUGGCCGUGCACGUGGAGAACCUGCUCAGUGCCCGUGAGAAGCGGCUCACGCUGCCCCCCAGCGAGAUCACACUGCUCUGACCCAGCCCCCAGCCCCCAGCUGCCCUGUGCCAGGAGGCUUGCUGUGUGGUCCCAGGGGAGUUACUGGGAACCUUAGGGGAGACCAAGAGGCAGUAGGUGGCGUGGCGCAAGCCCCCAGGAACCUGAGAAGACUGAUCCAGCGUUGGGAUGGAGUUGCAGUGUGCAAACUUGGGUCAGAUGGCAGGAGGGACUUCCAAAGACUGACUAGUGGGGCCUCCUGCCACCUACCGCUGUGGCCCUGCUCCGACUCCCCCUGCGGCAGGGAAGCCCCACACCAGUAGCCUAGACCAACUGAACCUGCGUUUGCUUUCCUUGGGGUCUGAUGUUCAAAUCUGCUCCAUGUCCCUGCCCCGGCCCCUCACAUGUCCCCCCGUCAGGUGCCCCUGCACUGCUGCUGAGCUUGGGUUCCUGACUCUUGGUCAUUUCUGUGCAAAUAAAAGGUACGCCUGGCA